AUGAAUGGCUCGGGUGGCCUGGACACCGAGGACACGGGCGAGGCGGGAGGCGGGGGCAGCUGGCAGCCUGAGGCGGUCAUCGUGCCCACACUCUUUGCGCUCAUCUUCCUCGUGGGCACCGUAGGCAACGCACUGGUGCUGGCCGUGCUGCUUCGCGGUGGCCAGGCGGUCAGCACGACCAACCUGUUCAUCCUCAACCUGGGCGUGGCCGACCUGUGUUUCAUCGUGUGCUGCGUGCCCUUCCAAGCCACCAUCUACACCCUGGACGACUGGGUGUUCGGAUCGCUGCUUUGCAAGGCGGUGCACUUCCUCAUCUUCCUCACCAUGCACGCCAGCAGCUUCACGCUGGCCGCCGUCUCCCUGGACCGGUAUCUGGCCAUCCGCUAUCCACUGCACUCCCGCGAGCUGCGCACGCCUCGCAACGCGAUGGCGGCCAUCGGUCUCGUCUGGGGGCUCUCGCUGCUCUUCUCCGGGCCGUACCUGAGUUACUAUCGCCAGUCCCGGUUAGCCAACCUGACCGUAUGCCACCCGGCGUGGAGCGCGCCGCGCCGCCGCGCCAUGGACCUCUGCACCUUCGUCGUCAGCUAUCUGCUGCCGGUCCUGGUGCUCGGCCUGACCUACGCGCGCACCUUGCGCUACCUCUGGCGCGCCGUCGACCCGGCGGCCGCCGGCUCGGGGGCCCGGCGCGCCAAGCGUAAGGUGACACGCAUGAUCAUCAUCGUGGCCGCGCUCUUCUGCCUCUGCUGGAUGCCUCACCACGCGCUGAUCCUCUGCGUGUGGUUCGGCCACUUCCCUCUUACGCGCGCCACUUACGCGCUACGCAUCCUCUCGCACCUGGUCUCCUAUGCCAACUCCUGCGUCAACCCCAUCGUCUACGCUCUCAUCUCCAAGCACUUCCGCAAGGGUUUCCGAGAGAUCUGCGCCGGCCUGCUGCGCCGCGCCCCGCGCAGAGCCUCAGGCCGCGUGUGCGUCGCGCCCCGGGGCCCCCAUGGCGGCAGCGUGCUGGAGCGCGAGUCCACUGACCUGACGCACGUGAGCGAGGCCGCCGGGCACUCUGCCCCUGUGCCGGCGCCUCUCCGCAGCCAGUCAUCCAGCCACGUCCGGGACCUGUGCUGGAGGUACCCAAAGGCCCCCCAAAGGCAUCUUGACAGUUAA